UACUUUGCCGGUUUUGCAUCGAAUUAAUUAACCUCAAUUUAUCGACAUCUGUCAAAAGUCAACCUUUAUAAAUCGGUCUUUUUUCUCUAACAGUACAGAGUAUAUACACUCUGCGUCUAAGAGUGAAUUUCGUGAGUAAAUAAAACACGAUUUUGCUUAAAUAUUCUACUUUUUAUUAAUUUAAUCGAUAUUUAACAUUUUAUUUUGUUCGGUGGCGGGUUAUUCCCAAAAAGUUUCUUAUUAAAAAUGGAAAUGCCAUGCACAUCCGAUAUCGUUAUUUUAAGCGGAAAUUCUCAUCCGGAAUUAGCCUUAUUGAUUGCUAAUAAAUUGGGGUUUAAACUCGGUGAAUGCGCCGUUUAUCACAAAACAAACCGCGAAACGAUGGUCGAGAUUGGGGAUUCAGUUCGUGGGAAAAAUAUUUUUAUCAUUCAAACGGGUUCUAAGGAUGUUAAUAAUAGCAUUAUGGAGCUACUUAUUAUGGCUUAUGCAUGCAAAACUUCAUCUGCAAGAUCAAUCGUUGCUGUUAUUCCUUAUUUACCAUAUAGCAAACAGUGUAAAAUGAGGAAAAGAGGAAGUAUUGUUACAAAAUUAAUUGCAAAAAUGAUGUGUAAUUCGGGUUUAACUCAUAUCAUCACUAUGGAUUUACACCAAAAGGAAAUACAAGGAUUUUUUGAUUGUCCUGUUGAUAAUUUACGAGCAAGUCCAUUUUUAUUACAAUAUAUUCAAGAAAGUAUUCCAGAUUAUCGCAACUCAAUUAUUGUUGCAAGAAAUCCCGGAUCGGCUAAAAAAGCAACAUCAUAUGCUGAGCGAUUGAGGUUAGGAAUAGCAGUAAUUCAUGGUGAACAAAAAGAGGCCGAUUCUGAUAUGGUGGAUGGAAGGUACUCGCCACCAACAAUUCCCCGGUCUCGAACUAUGGAUGCAGGGGUUGGUGUUCCAGCUCAUCCAGCGAAAGAGAAACCUCCAAUUAACGUCGUCGGUGAUGUUGGUGGUCGAAUUGCAAUCAUGGUUGAUGAUUUAAUCGAUGAUGUUCAAUCAUUCGUUGCUGCAGCUGAAAUCUUAAAAGAACGUGGAGCAUAUAAAAUAUAUGUUUUAGCCACUCAUGGGUUACUAAGUUCCGAUGCGCCCCGUUUAAUUGAAGAUUCCCCAAUAGAUGAGGUUGUUGUUACAAAUACGAUUCCGCAUGAAUUGCAAAAAAUGCAAUGUCACAAAAUUAAGACGGUUGAUAUUUCAACUUUACUUUCUGAGGCGAUUCGUCGCAUACAUAAUAAGGAAUCAAUGUCGUAUUUAUUCAAAAACGUUACUUUAGAGGAUUAAACGUUUUUGUUAUGGGAAGAAUCACAAAAAGUACAAUUAAGAGAAUUUUUAAAUAUUAAUUUUUUUUUUGAGGUUAUGUUGCUUUUUAUUAAAAUAGUGUACUUAGGAAAGCAACUUAUUAAAUUUAAAUUUUAUUUUCUUUAUACAUCAAGUAAUUAUCUCCAUUAUUAAGUUGUAAUCAAUAAAAUUUAUAAUUAAAGUUAUUUGUAGAUUGAG